AUGGGGGAUGCUGAUGUGUUGAGGGCCAAGAAAAAAGCAUUCUUGAGGAGGAAAGAAUGCAUAAAGAGGAAGACUAUGGAAUUGUCUACUUUGUGUGAUGUGAAAGCCUGCGCAGUGAUUUUAGGCCCCGACGGGCAGAUUGAUUCUUGGCCGGAGAAUCGCAGUGAAGUGCGGGAGGUGAUCAAUUUGUACCAAAACGGGUCUCGUAAUAAAAAGCGGAAGCAAAAAUAUGACGAUAGGGGUUGUAACAAGAAGCAGGUUUUGGGUUGUGAUGAAGGGGCUUUGAAUCCGGAAGAAUUUCUGAAAAAGAUUAAUGCCAAAUUGGAUGAAGUCAAGAAACGGAUUCAAUUUCUCAAGUCCAAAGAUCAAGAAUUCGAGCCAGUUGUGGGUAGUUGUGGCUUGUUGCUUGAAUUGAUUUUCACUUUAGAUGGUUUGUUGCCCAGAAUGUGA